GCACAGCUACUGGUGCGUCAGCUCUGAGUCACUGGAAUGCAUAAAAGCAAGUGCUGGGAAAUCAGGGAGAGGGGCCGACACCGAACCUCUCCCCAAGACACUCUGCGCUGCUAGGUAAGUUCAAACAGAGACGGAUGGCAAAGAGGAAGCUAGGAUAGUUCCCCUUGAUUUGGAAGGUGGUGUGUUCGAGGAUCUAAUCUGGCUAAACGAAAGAGGAGAUUGACUCAGGUGGAGCGGAUAAUAGGGCUGCACAGCCUAUCCUUUGAAAACAGCUCCCUCUUCAUACCCAAGGUGCUUUUAAAGGACCACAAUGUCCAGCUUCCUGGCCUGUGUAGUUUUGCUUGUCAGAAUCAUCACAGCUAGGCCCACAGAGAAGGCAAGUCCUGCCAUACCAGAAGAUGUGAAGGCCCCAUUCCUGCUGAUUCAGCAGAAUGUCUGGGAGGAAAACAUAAACCUUACUAGCUUGCCUUGUGAGGAGCUGAGGAACCAGACAGCAAUCAUCUUGCACAUCCAGAAUCAAAAUCUCACUUCCUUCCCUAAAUGUCUGCCGGAGCUUUUGGAACAUCUGGAUUUGAAUGUCAAUCUUUUGCCAGAAUUAAAUAGCCAAGAUGUGGCUUAUCUGCCCAAACUGCGAAUCCUCUCCCUGAGACAGAAUCAGAUCCAAAAGGUGAUAUGGGGGACUGGAAAUCUCAGCCAUCUACAGUUCUUAGAUCUGAGCUUCAAUUUGCUCUCGAUUGUACCUUCCUGCAUUACUUCUUCUUUGGACAAUCUGAGGUGGUUGUCUUUAGCGGGAAACCCUAUCAGAGAGAUCCAGCCAUUUGCCUUCUCCUGCUAUCCUCAGCUGCAUUUCCUGAACUUGUCAUCCACAUGGCUGGGAAAAGAUGGGGAAAUGGGGAUUCCGGAAUCUGCUUUUGCGAUGAACUUGUCCCACCAUCCAAAGUCUACUGAAGAAGCCAGAAAAGCUCCGAUCAACAUCCUUGACCUCAGUGCAACCUUUCUGGAGAGGAUUCACGAGGACUGGAUCAAAGAUCUGCCACAGCUCACCUCCUUCUACCUAACACAAAUGCCCAAGCUAAGAAGACUGGAUCCAGCUGUCUUCCACAAUCUGCCCAUGCUAAGAGAAUUGAACUGCCAAGAUUCCCAUGCACUAAGUCUAGUGGAAACCGAGUCGUUCCACCACAUACCUCAUGUGGCCUCCCUAAUAUUUAAAAACUGUAACUUGAGCAACUUCAGUCCAUGGAAUCUCACUUCAUCGCACACCCUCUCCGUCAACCUCUAUGGAAAUCCUUUGGUUUGUCAUUGUGAAAUUUCUUGGUUGCUGUCAAACCCUAAUACAGUUGUUCUACAGAGGGCAUCAGACACCAUGUGCUAUUUUUCUCCAGGAGAUAAAGAAACAUCUUCAUCUAUGUUGUUAUCCAAACUCUAUGAUCAGUGUCAAACUCAGACAACCACGCAUUCGACCUUGUCUUUGGUUCAAGGAAAACUAUACCACACCCUUACCAGCAUCACUACAGAAAUAUUGGCCAAUUCUAGUACAUUACUUCAAAAGUCUCUCAGUGAUUCCUUCAUCCCUCAUAGCACAUCUUUUACCUGGAGAGAAUUAACAAGGAAGGAUCCAAGUAAGACAGACAUUCUUGCUUACAAAGAGCAAGCAGUUUAUCGAUCUACUGAGCACCCACUGACUACUGCACCUCUUACUACAGAGUUCUCAGCAAUCCCAGGAAAAUUCUCUACUGAGCAUCCUGAAGUGAGCACAACUGAAACGAAUGAAAGGGAAGAAGAUCCCACAACACCGCACCAAUCUACUUUACACAGUUUUACAACUGAAGUGACAGGAACAUCUUCUUUCGAAGUUUCCAGUGAUUUGUUCAUUUCAUACAGUAAAGCAGAUUCAAACGAGAAUGAUCUAAGCCUUCAGGAUUCCACCAAAUCUACCUCCCUUCCAAAUCUUGCAUCUACUAAUAGUCUACUGGAUUAUACAGAUGACUAUGAUUAUGAAAACAGGCAAGUGGCAUCUGUAGCCCAGGCCGUGGAGUUGUGUGAUUAUGAUCCAUGCAGGCAUCUCCAGAAGCCUUGUGCUGAUCUCCAAAAGUUGUCUUCCUGCUUGUGCCCAGGCAUGUCGGAUGAAUUCACCAUCCCAGAUCCGCCAAGAUUUCAUGAAGUAUCUGAAAUGAGGGACACUUCAGCCCAGAUCCACUGGUGCUCCCCAAAUUCUGCAGUAAGAUUCUACCAGCUUGCUUACCGUCCUAAAAGCAGCAAAAAGAAUUAUACAAAUUCUGGAGAAAUUUAUGCCACCGCUAGGCGAUACACUCUGUCUAACCUUCUUCCUGGUUCUACCUACCAGGUGUGUAUAAUUGCCUGGAACAAGGCAGGAUCAAGCCGAACUACAGGCCGGGAUGAGCAUAAUCCUCCGUGCAGUACCUUUGUCACAAAGUCCAGCUACACAUCUAUCUUUGUGGCUCUGUGCGCAACAAGUGGGCUCUUUCUCAUAGCUACCAUAUUACUGUCAGUAUGCCUGUGCAAAAAAUACAAGACACCACACAUAGAGCAAUAUAGCACACAUCUAGUAUCUUAUAAAAAUCCUGCUUUUGAUUAUUCCAUAAAAUAAAUCAGGGUAAUGAGACUGGCAUAAAUAUAAGCCAUUGUUGUAAACUGUUUACCCAUUGUGAUGAUUUUUUUCCCCCUCUUCCUCCUCCUAAUUUUUUCCCCCCAAAAAAGUUAGAGGAAUUUUUUUUUCAAUUGUUUUGCUUUAGUAUUGCUUUCUCCUUGUGAAAUUUCUUCUCCAAUUGAAGCAAUCAGAAAUUAUUUUCAAUAUUUAAAACUAUGAAGAAUAGGAAACAACUACCACAAAUCCUCAAAAUUCAGGCUAUUUUUAGGAGGAGAAAACACUUAAUCCAGUAUUUAAAGCAUUUAAUCCAAUUAGCAGAAACAUCAGACUUGCCAGCAGGAAUGAGAACCUGAUUUUUUUCUGUCCUCUUGAAGCUGCCACUAUGUCUGUUCUUUGAGGGGAGUCCCUCAAUUCUCUCGAGUGGAUUUGAUGGGAGACUGCUAAAUGUUGGUUGGCCAAGACCCAUUGGAUAUGAAAAUUUUCAUGGACCAAAAAGUGUUUAAAAUGGAUUUUACAGGAUAACGUCAUAUGAGUGUUACAAUGCCGUAGUGAGAAAGGUCAUCCAAGGAUAUAAAAAUACCUCCUAUGCUACAUAUUUCAUGGAACUCAAAAACUUUCAUUCCUUCCCAUCUUUCCCUAUUGUGUCAGAUUGGAUGUUUAUGUACUCAUAACAACUUAUUUGUGCUAUGGGAAGUGCCUCCAUAUGCAUAAAUCCACUAUACUACCUUCACUCGGCAGUGAAUAUGUUUUGAGCAGUGACAUCUAACCAGGCUGCCAAGGGAGGAUGGGGUAUCAUUAUGAAAAUAUUUGGCAUCGUUGCUUCCAAACUGAGGACGAAAUGGUCAGAUUUUAACAGAUGAAAGUUGUCCGUUUCACUUGGAUGUUCUACUUGUUUACUGUAAGUAGAUAGUAGAUCUUCCUUUUCCUCAUCAGAUCUGAUCUAUUGUCAAUAGUGUAUUCUGCUUGCCGGGACCAGGGAUCCAAAAUGUAGAUUCAGGUCCAUCCAAAGACCUGAGGAUGCUGAAUGCCACAUCACAAACUGUAGGUUAAACCAGAAAGGAAACCCACAAAGAAUAAGAAAGAUUAAUCUGAUAGUCCUGGACUUGCAAACAUUUAUUUAGUGAUCGCUGGAAGUUGCCACAGCACUGAAAAAAGUGAUGUGACAGUUUUUCACAUAACCAUAGCAGCAUCCCUAUGUCAAAUGAUCAAAAUUCGAACACUUGGCAACUCAACUGCAGUGUCCCUGGGUCAUAUGAUCACCUUUUGCAAUCUUCUAACAAGCAAAGUCAAGGGGAAAGCACAAUCUUAAGUAUUUCACUUGAACAGUAGACCAAAUUACAUAAUUGCUUUAGCUAGCUGCACUCUUGACUUACACAAUUAUUAUUUUCAGAAAUAUUUUUGAGGGAGAGGCCCCAAAUGUUUAUAUUAUAGGACUCUCCAAUAUAAAGGCCAUAUUUUGAGAAAAACUAGUCUUCCCUCUAAUUUCAGUGUUUAAAAAUAAAUCUAAUUGUUUUCAGUGGGGCUUACUCUUAAAAAGUAUAUAAAGAAUUCUAGAAAAAGGCAUAAUAUCUGAGCACUCUGCUCAGGAAGCAUGUCCUAUUAAACUUCCAAAUAAAUAUGUUUAGGUUUAAGCUGUAAGCAUAAUUUCUUUACCGAAAUCACUUAAAGUCAGAAUGUUUAUCUUCUCCAACAGAUUUAAUUUAUGUAUGUGAUCUCUGCCUUAAAUUCCAGGGUGAACCUGAAAUGUAGGAAUCAGUAUUUUUUAAAAAAUUCUGAAUUUUGUUUAAAAAAAAGAAAAAAUUGCACCCCAAUUUUUGCCUUCCUAAUUUAAAUUUGUUUUCUUAAAUUCCAAAUGAAAUUAUUUCAUCUUCUUAGUGAAGAGGUAAAUGUUUAUACAAAGUUCCUUUCAAACUAGAAUGUAUUAUUUGUGGCAUUUAUUAAAAGAUCAACUGUGCAA